UGGUUCUCGGAGCGCCGAUUUCAACUGAUUAUGACAGUGACCAAACUGUGGGGGAAUGCUUAAAAACUUUCACAAGACUAACUGACCAGAGUCCGAGCAUCAGCUGUUCGCUUUUCCAGCCAUACCUGAAAUGUCUCAUCAGAGUGACCAAACUCUACAAGUAUCCAGUUGGACACGAUCAAUACACGGCUCUGGAUGACCACGUGCACGCUCAACUCCAAACGUCAGGUCUGAACUGCCAGUUUGAUAUUGAAGCAAUUUCUGCAGAAGUUGCCAGAGAACAAAACGGCAGAGAUGUUCCAACAGCAGCCAUACCUGAAAUCACCGAUGCAGAUUAUAACGGCGAUCAAACAAAGGAAGAUUGCAUAAACACCUUCACUGAUAUAAGUAACCAAAAUCCUAGCCCAAGCUGUUCAAUGAUCCGACCAUACUUGAAAUGUCUUAUUAAGGUGACGAAACUCUACAAGUAUCCACUUGGACAUGAUCAGUACACGUCCCUGGAUAGCCAAGUGAACUCUAAACUCUAUGAUCUGGGUUUGGAUUGUGAAUUUGACCUGGAAGAAAUUGCUGCAGAAGUUGGCAGAGAGCAAAAGUUGUCGAAACGCAGAACCUGGAUUCGAUACCAGCGACCCUGA